UUUUUCACCGCGUGCGGCUCCGCGGACCGAGUUUCAUGCAUGUCCAGUGGGGGUAGGUUUAAUUUUGACGAUGGAGGGUCCUACUGCGGAGGCUGGGAGGACGGCAAGGCGCACGGCCAUGGCGUCUGCACCGGCCCGAAGGGCCAAGGCGAAUACACCGGCUCGUGGAGCCACGGCUUCGAGGUGCUUGGCGUCUACACCUGGCCCAGCGGCAACACGUACCAGGGCACCUGGGCGCAGGGCAAGCGCCACGGCAUCGGCGUGGAGAGCAAGGGGAAGUGGGUGUACAAGGGCGAGUGGACGCACGGAUUUAAGGGGCGCUACGGGGUGCGGGAGUGCACGGGCAACGGAGCCAAGUACGAAGGGACCUGGAGCAACGGGCUGCAGGAUGGCUACGGGACGGAGACCUACUCGGAUGGAGGCACCUACCAGGGCCAGUGGGUCGGCGGCAUGCGCCAAGGCUACGGCGUGCGGCAGAGCGUCCCCUACGGCAUGGCGGCGGUCAUCCGCUCUCCUCUGAGGACGUCCAUCAACUCCCUGCGCAGCGAGCACACCAACGGCACCGCGCUGCACCCGGACGCCUCCCCGGCCGUGGCCGGCAGCCCGGCCGUGGCCCGCGGCGGCUUCGUGCUGGUGGCCCACAGCGACUCCGAGAGCCUCAAGAGCAAGAAGCGGGGGCUGUUCCGGCGCUCACUGCUGAGCGGGCUGAAGCUGCGCAAGUCGGACUCCAAGAGCAGCCUGGCCAGCCAGCGCAGCAAGCAGAGCUCCUUCCGCAGCGAGGCGGGCAUGAGCACCGUGAGCUCCACGGCCAGCGACGUGCACUCCACCAUCAGCCUGGGCGAGGCGGAGGCCGAGCUGGCCGUGCUGGAGGCCGACAUCGACGCCACCACCACCGAGACCUACGCGGGCGAGUGGAAGAGCGACAAGCGCUCCGGCUUCGGCGUGAGCCAGCGCUCGGACGGGCUCAAGUACGAGGGCGAGUGGGCCAGCAACCGGCGGCACGGCUACGGCUGCAUGACCUUCCCCGACGGCACCAAGGAGGAGGGCAAGUACAAGCAGAACCUCCUGGUGAGCGGCAAGCGCAAGAACCUCAUCCCGCUGCGCGCCAGCAAGGUCCGCGAGAAGGUGGACCGGGCCGUGGAGGCGGCCGAGCGCGCCGCCACCAUCGCCAAGCAGAAGGCCGAGAUCGCGGCUUCCAGGACCUCCCACUCCCGGGCCAAGGCCGAGGCGGCCCUCACGGCGGCUCAGAAGGCCCAGGAGGAAGCACGGAUCGCCAGGAUCACUGCCAAAGAGUUCUCCCCCUCCUUCCAGCACCGGGAGAACGGGGUGGAGUGCCAGCGGCCAAAGCAUCAGCUCUCCUGUGAGGACAUCGAGGUGCUGUCGGCCGGGGCGCCCCUGCAGCAGGAGAGCCCCGGGCUGUACCGCAAAGGCACCACCCCUUCCGACCUGACCCCCGACGACAGCCCCCUGCAGAGCUUCCCCGCCAGCCCCGCGGCCACCCCGCCCCCGGCCCCCGCCUCCAGGAACAAGGUGGCCCCCUUCUCCCGGCAGCUGUCGGUGGACGAGGAGCGAGGCGGGGACAUCCAGGUGCUCCUGGAGGGCCCGGGAGGGGACUACGCCCGCGGCGGCUGGGGCGAGCAGAAGGCCGGGGGCCCCCGGGGCGUGCGCAGCGGCGCCCUCCGCAGCGGCCAGCCCGCCGAGGACCUGCGCGCCCGGGGCUCGGGCCACAGGCAACCCGGGAACCCCAAGCCCCGGGAGCGGCGGACGGAGUCCCCCCCCACGUUCCCGUGGACGCCCCACAGCGCGGGGGGCGCCAAGCUGCUGGAGCGCGACGAGGAGCGGCUGAGCAACUACAAGCUGGAGAUGAGGCCGCUGCUGAGGAUGCACGCGCCCCCCCCCAGACGGCGCUGCGGCCGGGGCCCCGACGACCGGGGCUUUGGGGUGCAGAGGCUGCGGCCCAAGUCCCAGAACAAAGAGAACUUGAGGCCGGCCUCCGCCACGGAGCCCACGGUGCAGAAACUGGAGAGCCUGCGGCUGGGCGCCCGGGCCGAGCCCCGGCUGCUGCGCUGGGACCUGACCUUCUCCCCGCCCCAGAAGUCCUUGCCUGUGGCGCUGGAGUCCGACGAGGAGACUGGGGACGAGCUCAAGUCCAGCACGGGCUCGGCGCCUGUCCUGGUGGCCAUGGUGAUCUUGCUCAACAUCGGAGUCGCCAUCCUGUUCAUCAACUUCUUCAUCUGAUGGGACUGCUGCGGCCAGGGGCCAGCCAGACCCCGCCCGGGACGGCCCAGCGGCCGCCGCGUCUCCAGAGGACAGGACUGGAUUACUCACAGUUUGCCUUCUUCCCUGGGUGAUGUGUUGGAUUUUAGCCAGGAGCCUUUGCCUAACACGGCGCUGUGUGGUGUGGCAGAGGCCGGCGCGCCAGCCUCCGGCCCCACGUGAGGAGAGAAGGGCCAGGCCCCCAGCAGCGCGAGAGGCGGAGAGUCCCUGGCUUUGUUCUUCCUAGCCGGAGGGUCGCUGCCCGUGUGGGUGCGAGGCAGGGGGCAGCAGGGUGUCCCAGCCCAGGCCUCGUCCGACUCUCAGUCGGCUGCGUCAGGAAGGAGAGCGAGCCCGCCUUCUCGGCACUGCCCCCCCGGCCCUCCUCGGAGCCGCCUCCCCACUCGGAGUCUUAAGCAAAGCCCUGUC